CCACGCGCCCUCAUACAAGCCUUCAUGGACGACAUCACACUGGGGGCCGACGAGAGUGAGGCAGACGGGGUGGUGGACAAGGCGGAGGAAGAGCUGCAGACUAUCAGCCUCAAGCUGGCCAGGAAGAAGAGCAAGGCGUACGGCCCCCACUGGACGGACAGCGAGCCACCACCGGACGACCUGCUGCUUGGCUUUAGGAGGGAGGGGCUCUCGGGUGAGGGCAUUGACAUCCUGGGCGGGGCAACAGGGACGGACGGCUACGUCGCUAACAAGCUGCAGAGCGUCCUCGACUCCUACCGCCCCCUCAUCGAACGACUCAAAGCGUUCGCACACGAGCAGCGGCAGGACUCAUCGCUCCUCUUCCGCUCUUGCGCAGUCCCACGCCUGUAUUACUGGCUUCGCCUUCUUUCCCAGCGCCCUUCAACCAGCGAGGUCACGGCGCUACUGAGCGAUGAGGAGGUCAUGAAUGCAGCCAUCGCCAUCCACGGGCUGGGAGAGGAGGACACCACCGAGCCGCAUCGACGACAAAUGGCGCUUCCAGUGAGAGAGGGGGAAUGGGCAUUACGGCGGCGAGCGCCAUCCUGCCUGCUGCAUAUCUCGGCUGCACCGCUGUGACGCUACCCUACGUGUGGAGACACUACCAGCUGGCGCCAUGGAUGCCACAGGGGGAGGGAGGGGGGGAGGGAGCGGCAGCACUACUGCAGCUGCCAUGGCUACGGGCAGCGGAGUCGGCAAGAGAGAAGCUACUGGAGAAGCUGCCGGAGACGGAGGUGCUCACACUGGCCAAGCUGCUCGAGGGACGCACAAAGCUACGGCUACAACACGACCUGACGGCCAGCCUGAUGCGAAUCGAAGCAGACGCCCUGCUGGACGAGUUCGGCGAGGAGUCAAGAGACCGCGCACGGCUGAGGAGCUGUCGAGGCCCAGAAGCUAGCGGCUGGCUGACGACGGUCCCGGCGCAUCCGGGCCUGCGCUUCACCAACGAGGAUUUCGUCACCUGCUGCCGUCUGAGGAUCGGCGCCACCCAACACCCUUCACUCGCAUCGGACUUUUGCUCGUGCGACACCGACCUGGACCCCUACGGCGACCACCUCCUCUGCUGCGGCACAGGCAAGGAGCGCAUCUAG